CUCGUUUCCUUCCUUCUUUUCCAACCAUUACAAACACCGCAAAACCACCAGCAUGUCACGCCAUCGAGCAGUUCGCAAUCUUGAUCUCGAUGAAGAGCUAGCAGACGAUGUUGGAUACGAUAGUGACCCGUAUGAGGACAUCGAGGACUCGGAUCGUCAACAGCUGGAUUCGGCCUACGCUACAGUUCUCGACGUCCUCGGCCCGCCGGAGAGUAGUCAGAAUCCCUUCUCACAGCGAGAGAUCAAAGACGCACUAUGGGACGCCUACUUCGAUGUCGAGGCCGUACUGGAUAUGCUGACUAAAGAGGCGGAGAAGAGGAACAGAAAGAAACAAGACUCGUCAUCAUGCUCCUCUUUUGCAUCGAACAUUGGCACAGACCUUUCGCAGCUGUCCAUAUCCUCUCCGCCUCCGCUGCCACUCCGAGGGCGAGGCGCACGCUACGGACGAGGCGUAGCUGGACUCACAGAACGCGGCAGGGGUGGUCGAGGUGGUGGAGGGAGAGCAGGGCUUGCCAAGCGCAAUCUUGCCGCACUUGCUCCUGGAGGACUGCCGGGCGUCGACGUGAACGAGUCACGAGGCUUCGGCCCGCAGCCAGGAGACGUGGGCACCCGGUCGCCGGCGAAUGCAGCGGGUAUGAGCAAGCUGGCAAUGAUGGCUGCCCAGCGUAAGGCAGGAGGCGCAGGAGCUUCGCAAUCACAGGCGCCAGCUCCCGAUCGCGCUGGACCCCUGAGUCCGAGCAAGCGGCCGUCAGAGACAUCGGCCUCUCCGUCUGGUCAGUCUGUACCAGCUACCAUGGCUGCUCGUCCGAGCAAGCUGAUGGCACUGGCGCAGGGCAGACAGAACGCGACGCCGACAAGACCACCAGCUGCUGAGCCUACGCCGAGUCAGCCAGCGGAAGCCAUAAAGCCGCUAUCGAAGCUACAGCAGCGAGCAUUGGCAGCCAAACAGGAGAGGGAGCAAAGGGAGAGAGACGCUGCCGCUCAGAGUGAAGCUUCGGCGUCAGCACUGAGCGACAGCAAUGGAGACGAGGCGAUGGCGGAUGGGACGGUUGCAACGCAAGCCGCUUCAGAGCCGGAAGCUCUGCUGCCUACUGGCGUGCCAGCAUCGGCCGUCUUUCCCUCCCGCUCGUCUCACGUCGAGCAUUCGUCCGCGGUAGGAAAGAUGCUGGCGGGCAGCCGCUCAAUGCCAGGCAAGGCGCCGCCUGCUCUCCCUCUUGGCUUAUUCAAGCCACAGGCAGGCGAAGAAGACCCGUUUGCGAAACCGAGUCCAGACGAUGUGGUCCUCGCAUAUACCAUUGGACGCGGCCAUCUCACAGCUUCUGCGGCCAAAAAGUCUGGCGCUUCAACGCCGCAACCAUCUGCAGCAGCGAGCAAGGCAGGGAAGAAUGCCAUCAUCUCGUCCUCCAAACCCGCGACACCACGCGACGAGAAGCCGGCUCCCAACCUUGAAGUCUCCAAGCUCCGUCAAGAAGUUGACACCAUGAGCAUCACUGGAGCAUCAUCCGCCUCAGCCUCGACAACGAACACCCGCCCCACCACACCUGCCCUGCCAGUACCAAAGCCCGCCAGCCACGACAAGAUUCUCACAGAAUGGCGAGAACGCCAGUCGGGGCAAAGCGCAAAGAAAGAGAUCAGCGUAGUCGUCGUGGGGCACGUAGAUGCGGGCAAGUCGACUCUUAUGGGCCGAGUGCUGCACGAGGCUGGCACGUUGAGCGACCGCGAGCACAUGAGCAAUGAGCGGGCGAGCCAAAAGUUGGGAAAGGGCAGCUUCGCUUACGCCUGGGCUCUGGAUGCAAGUGAAGAAGAGCGAUCCCGCGGCGUGACCAUCUCGACAGCGCACGCGCAUUUCUCCCUUCCACACCGGAGUUACACGGUCCUAGACGCUCCAGGACAUCGAGACUUUGUGCCCUCAAUGAUCACGGGUGCCGCUCAGGCUGAUGUGGCGCUUCUUGUCAUCGACGCGACGAAGGGUGCUUUUGAAGCGGGAUUCGGGGCUCGGGGACAGACGAGGGAGCACGCGGUACUUAUUCGCGCCUUGGGUGUGAGGGAGGUGGUCGUAGUCAUCAACAAGCUCGACACGUGCGAGUACGCGCAGGAGAGAUAUGAUGAGGUGUUGGAGCAGCUCAAGCCCUUCUUGGCUUCCACGGGAUUCGAGGCUUCACGACUCAGCUGCGUACCCCUCGGCGCUGCGGAAGGGGAGAACGUCUCGAAGCGCUCCUCAGGCUCGCCGCUGGCAACUUGGUACGAAGGCCCGACCCUCUUCGACAUCCUGGACUCUCUCGACCCACCAACACGCGAUGUAGACGCGCCCCUUCGCAUGCCUCUCACAAACGUCUUCCGCGGCCAAACGGCCGUUGCCUCGGGGGUAGCAGCGGCAGGGCGACUGGUAUGUGGCCUGGUUGCUGCAGGGGACCGGGUGCGGGUCGUGCCCGGUGAGGAAGAGGCGACGGUACGCGCUAUUGAGCAGGACGGCGAGUCGGUCCCUUGGGCCGUAGCGGGGAGCAGCGUGACGGUCUAUCUGCAGGGCAUAGAGGAGAUUCAUGUCGCUGUAGGAUCGGUGCUAUGCCCCAUUGGGCAGACCGUCCAGCUGAGCACCAACUUGCUCGUUCAGCUGCUCGUCUUUGAGCCCACCUACCCUAUCCUCGCAGGCUCGGUAGCGUCUCUGCAUCACCACUCGCUCGACGUGCCCUGUACAGUCACCGAGCUGGUGGCGACGGUGGGUGAGGGCGACGCGAAGAAGAAAGCAAGGAAGCCUCGAGUCUUGGGCAAAGGUGCAGCUGCGCUUGUCAAGAUUCAGGUGCAGAGCCCCGGUCUGCCUGUUGAGACACAGAGGAAGGACUUGGCGAGGGUGUUGCUUAGGAUGCAGGGGGAGACGGUUGCUGCGGGGAUUGUUACAGAGGUGGCAUGAUGGCGGGAUGCGUUGCCAAAGGGUAGUGCAGGAAGACUGCUCGAAUGCUAUUGUAUUGAGUGGCACAUGUC